AUGAUAGGAAAACUUUUACGUUAUCAUUCUGAAUCUUCUGUGAUUCCGAGUCAUUUCGAGAAGGAAGGUAGUUGCAAUCCGAAUAGAUCCGAUGAUAGAGUCCGGCAACGAUUUCAUGUGAAUGUGUAUUGGAAUCAAGUAAAUGAUCCCGAGUUGGUGCUUUGUUCAGAUGAUUUUUGUUUAUUGGAAGAAAAUGCUUUGUUAACAUUGUUAAAACGAGAUGACCUAUUAAUAGACGAAUUAACUCUUUGGGAUUAUCUAAUCAACUGGGGGAUUACUUCCACCGGGUUGUCAAGAAAUUUGUCUGAAUGGACAAACAAAGAUUAUGAGAUAUUGUCUGAAAAAGUUGAAAAGUGCUUACCUUCAAUUAGAUUCCUUCACAUUUCAAGCGGUGAUUUUUAUAAAAGAAUUAAACCGUUUGCACCAAUUAUACCAGUAGAAUUAUAUGAGGAUAUACUUCAAUAUCAUCUCGUUCCGGAACAUCAACCUUCUGAAAAUUUAAUUCAACCAAAAAGGAACAAUGUCGUUAGUAGAGUGAAAGAUCCUUCCAGGGCAAUCAAUUAUUAUAAGAAUUAUGGUCCUUCUUUUGGUGGAAAUGAUUUAAAGUUGGCUGGUAAUUUUAAAAUUGACACAAAAUGUCAUUGUAGGCAAGAAGAUUAUGAAAAUCCUAUUAGGAAUGAUCCUAGUAGUUUUAACAUUGAUGAAUACGAAGUGUUUCAAAUUAUUCCAAGGCGGCCAGAUUUAAUGAACUUGUAA